CGUACCGAGUGGAUGUUGUACUCCUGUUUAGUUAAAUAUUAACUCGUGUAUUGACGAUCGUGACCGUGAUCUAUCAUCAAAUAUUUAAUAAAUAUGAUAAUUUUCAAGUGACGCGUGUUUUGUUCAAAUAAUGUCAAUAUAUAUUAUGUAUAUACAUUUAUACAUAACAUAUAAAUAAUGUGUAACAUCAACAACACCACGUUCUACCGUGAGUUUGAACAGAAGCAAAAAUGAAUUAAAAAAUUUUAAAAAGGACUAAAAUAACGCGAUGGUAGAAACUUGAUAGACGGAAGCCUAGAUAAACAGGUAAACUGAGAGGAAGAGGCAAACAACUGGGUGAGGAGAAGAUUGAAGUUACUUUAAAGUUUGUUUACUACUACCACUACAACAACUAGUGCUAGUGCAAGUGCUACAUCUACUAGAAUUAUUUAUAUAUGUAGCUGUGUAGUAUCUUUAGGAACAGAAAUGUUGCACAAGUUUGUGGUAUUAAUGUUACUACUUGUAUGGCUGUCAUUUGUCCCUGGUUCGCCACUUUAUCCACGACUAUUAAUACCUAAUGAAGACAUAAAAAAAUCAACGUACAUACGUCACUACACGGGAGCUUUUUACGACACCGCAGCGCUGAAGCGUCACCGUGACCGAUCACGUCGUGACUUUUCUGGUAUUGGAAAAGAAGUGGGUUCAACGUUGAAUUUACAUGUCAAUGCAUUUGACAGAAUAUUUAAAAUGCGCUUGACAAGGGACCCGACGAUAUUCCACAGCGACGUUCUUUUUGAAACUUCAAAUGCUCGCCCGAUAGCUUUUGAUCCCUCUCACGUCUACGUCGGCAGUCUCGAAGAUGAUGAAAAUUCUAUAGUACACGGAGUUAUAACAAAUGAGGGUCUUUUCGAUGGGACCGUGAUAACGGCAACGGAUGAAAUUUACAUAGAACCAUUUACAAGAUAUUCACAUCUUGUGAGACGUGAUAUAAAUGAAUUAAAUCCACGUGAUACGUAUAAUAAUAUUAAUAAUAGUUAUCAUAAUAAUAUAGAUGAUAAUAAUCAGCAUAGCAUUGCAUAUCGUUCAAGUGAUGUUUCUACACCGUUGGAUACUUUAAAACGUCCUAUUAACAGUGAACGCAUCAAUGAAAACGAUCCUUUCAACUUCACCCAUGCCUUUAACGAUCCAAUUCUCUUCGAUGCUGAUGAAUUUUUAAAUCCGGAUUUAAAUAAAUACCCAGUGGAUAAUGAAGAAAAUUUCGAUGUUUACAGAGAUGAUAGAGAAAAAUAUUUACAUAGUCGGAAGCGAACGAUUGAUCCGAAAAAAACUACCUGCAUGCUGUACUUGCAAGCGGAUCACACCUUUUUCGAGCACUAUAGGUCGGAGGAAGCCUGCAUCGAGGUCAUGACCCGACAUGUUCAGAGAGUUAAUUCGAUUUAUCGGCAUACUGACUUCAAUCAAGACGGAGAGCCAGACAACAUAAGUUUCAUGAUUAAGCGGGUGAAAAUCCACGGAGCAGAUGCAUUAAAGGAUCCAUCGUACCGUUUGAAUGGCAAAUACGGAGUAGAAGAGUUUCUCGAGUUGUUCUCAGAGGAAAACUACGACGCAUUUUGUCUGUCUUAUAUGUUCACUUAUCGUGAUUUUGAGAAAGGAACUUUGGGUUUAGCUUGGACUGGUGACUUGAAGAAUGCUGGGGGUGUGUGCGAGAAGAAUGGGCAUUAUCGCGGAAGUAUGAAAUCAUUAAAUACAGGAAUAAUAACGUUAUUAAAUUAUGGUAAACACGUUCCACCAGCUGUAUCACACGUGACUUUAGCUCAUGAAAUCGGUCAUAAUUUCGGAUCACCCCACGAUCCAGACGAAUGUUCACCAGGUGGAGAAGAUGGUAAUUUUAUAAUGUUUGCACGUGCAACCAGCGGCGACAAAAGAAACAACAAUCGAUUCAGUCGGUGCAGUCUCAUAUCAAUAAAUCCCGUUUUAGAUGUCAAAGCUCGUUCAACAAAAGGUUGCUUUGCUGAACACCAAAUAGCCAUUUGCGGUAAUGGGGUAGUUGAAGAGGGCGAAGAGUGUGACUGUGGAUGGGAAGAAGAUUGUAAUGAUCCAUGCUGUCAUCCUCAACGAUUACACCAUGCCCCAUUUGAAAUUCCCUGCCGUCUAACUGAGGACGCUGUCUGCAGUCCUAGUCAGGGACCCUGCUGUACCAAUGGAUGCUCGUUGCGCAGUGGAACUAAAUGCCGUGAUGACAAUGGCUGCCGAGACGCUAGUUUCUGCGAUGGACGCGGACCUCAAUGUCCGCCAUCGGUCAACAAACCAAAUAAAACCAUUUGCAAUGAUGAGUUUGUCUGUUUCAUGGGAGAGUGCACUGGCAGCAUUUGUCUGGCUUACGGACUCGAGUCCUGUCAGUGUGUGGCCCAGGCUAAUGAUCCUCCGACUAAAAGUUGCGAGUUGUGUUGCAAAUUGCCUGGGGAAAAUAAACUUUGCAUAUCGUCGUUCGAAUGGAACACGCCGCCCUAUGAAAUUCCCGACAUGAUGUCCAAGCCCGGGACACCUUGCAAUGACUACAACGGGUACUGCGAUAUUUUCCAACGCUGCCGAGAGGUAGAUCCAACUGGUCCAUUAGCAACAUUGAGAAGACUUUUGCUGUCGGAUGCAAGCUUAGAGCGCUUUCAUCGGUGGAUGACCGAUCGGUGGUACACUGUUGCGUUUAGUAUUAUUAUUAUCAUGACUGGAUUGGUAAUAAUGACCCGAUUAUUAAGCAAACAAUCCGAUACAAACAUCAAAAUAAUUUACUUAAAUGAAAACAAAAAUAAUAAUUUAGAUAGUGGUUGCAAUAAAACCAACAAAAUAAAAAUAUUUAAAUGUAUGACUAUUUUAAAAAAACGUUUGUUAGAAAAAAUGAAGACUCUUGUGUCGCCGAAAAAGAAAAACUUAACUUCCUUACAGUCAUUACAGUCGCUCCAGUCUAUUUCAGACUUUGUUAUCUACAAUAACUUCCAAAAUAAUUAUUGCAGAAGUAAUAAUUAUAAUUACAAUGAUAAGAGUAAUAAUAGUAAUUUUUAUCUGAUAAAUUUAAUAAAUAAGUUUUAUAGCAAAAAUAAAAAAUUUCGAAGGCAAAAAAAAUUAGUUAAUAAUUUAGUGGGGGUAGAUAAUGUUAAAAAAAGUUGUUAUGGUGAUAAUAGACAUAAGAGAUUAUUUAAUGACAUAAAUUAUUUUGUUCAUUAUAACGAUACUAGUCCAGAUACGAGAAAUGCAAUUUCAGAUUUGGAAAUUUUGUUACGACGAAGUUAGUAAUUAAUUAUUUUUAUUUGUUACUUUUUUAAUUACAGUCGACUACCUGUUAUAAGCCUGCCCUUCAUAAGCUUCUUCCCCGCAAUCGACGGGUAUUGUCUCAACAACUUUCCCCACUUAACCACUCUAAAGAGUUUUGUACCUGAAAACCCGUUAUAAGCCUCCAUUAAAAUUGUCUAAAUUAUAAACUAACAAUAGGGAAAAAUAUAAAAAUUAAUGAUGAAAACUUACUAUCGAUGUUUCGCGGGUAAUAAUUUAAUCAAUAUUAAGUAAAAUAUAAUUUAUGGCUCAUAGUUGUCAUCAUUAAUUAUAAUUAAAUCUUCAGUUACAAUUUAAAAGUUUUUAUUGAGUAUUAUGUUCAUCGACAAAAUUAGUAUUAUUAUUACUAUAUAAUUAAUACCCCCGUAUGAAAAAAAUUUAUAUCCUAAAAUUAUACUGAAUA